AUGAGGAAUCCGGCUGUCGAAGCCAUGGCGCUGUUUUCUUGGAUGAUAUGCAUGCUGGUGGUCGUCCAUGGCGUCCUCGCAGCGAGUACUCUCUUGUCCACGGCAGCCCACUACCCCAAAGAAAACGAUGUGUCAUGCUACAGUGAAGCUUCAGAUAAGAAUCCCUGGCGGCCAGCACCUCAGAACAGAUUUCCAUGGUUUGUGAGCAUACGAGGGCGGAGCAGGGAGCACUUGUGUGCUGGGAUGCUCGUUGAAAAGCGCUAUGUUCUUUCCUCUGCGUAUUGUAUAGACAUUGUCGGCCCCAAUCCUAUUCUUGUAGUAAGCCCAACGGGUCUAAUGGAUGAUCGUUGGACUCCAGGUGUUCAGGAAAUCAGGGCAGAAACGGCCAUCAUACAUCCCCAAUGGACUGGGAAGGUUGAACACGGGCAUGAUGUGGCACUUCUCCGGCUCCCUAGGCCCCUUGACAUUGCAACUCCUCGACUCGCCUCUGUCAAGUCGAGGAGCCAGGAUGGAAAACCUGAGGUUCAGCCCAAUGCGAUUGUGUACUCAUUCAGGCUUGGCCAUGUUCUCGAAGUUGCGCAGUUCAAGGUUGUGGCUCGUGCGUCAUGCCCCAAUUUGACCAGCCUUAGCACUGAUUCGUUCUGCAUUCACUCCAAGGUUGCAUCAGGAUGUGAAGGAUGCUCUGGGGGCCCUGUAAUUGUGCCUGACACCCCUUUACAUCAAGAUUGCACAAGCAACGCCAGUCAAGGAUACCAUGAAAUUGACUUGGUGGUUGGCAUUGUUUCUUGUGCCAACUUUUCUGCUUUGGAGACAAGCGGUGUGGGUUGUAUAUUAAUAAGCGAAAUUGGCGACUGGCUGGAUUCCAUCAUUCCAUCUCGAAAGCCACAGUGGACAAGCGAUACACACCUUGUUGUUCUAUCUGCCAUCAUGGUGAUUGCCCUUGUGAUGGCAUUCAUUGCAACCAGAGACAUACCUCCAUGGGCAAGCGUGGUGUUCUGGCUGCUUGAGAUCGCUCUGGUUGUUUGCAUGGUCACACUCUGGGUGUACAUGUCUGAGGAUUUAGGCACGCCUAAUGAGCGGCUUGCAGAGGCUUUUGCCCAAAUAUCAGCCACCAUGGGGCACGGCUGGCAGCUGCUGUUGAGGACCCUUAUCACUGUCGAGCCCCAAUUGAUUCCAAAGAUGGCUACACCAUAUCAUGAUGACGUUUGCCAGCACCACUGGCUAAUAUGCCAGGCACAACAGUUCAUGAAAAGGCACAAUCUGGAGAUGUCACCUCUCAAUAUAAGCAUUUGCCUGUUCAUCACCGCCAUUUUGAUGAUGUUCAUCGUUCGGAUCAUGGGAUACAGGCCCCAAACGCCAACUGCACCAUCUUCAUUUGAACACAACCACAUCCCACUCAGAUUGGGCCAUUUCAUACAGAGGAACAGCCUUUGCAAUGAGAUAGUCGAUGCCCUGACUGAAUCGCAAGGCUCAGGUGCAGUCCCUCACGUGAGCAUUGAAGGAAUGGCAGGACUUGGCAAAACAACUCUGGCAAUUGAAAUUGCCCGAGAAGCACGGUGCUGUGAUCACUUCAAGGAUGGUGUUUUCUGGCUGCAUGUCCGAGUGCUCAGGUUACCGGCAAGCAGAGGAACUGUUGCUAUCCUGGGCAUGCUGCACGACCAGCUCUUGGAGGCGUUCUCAACCUGGUGGACAAGCGGGAGGAACAGAAGCAGAUGGGGGGAAGACGCGUAUGUUGCUGCCAUUCAACGGUUGGUGGGGAAGCGGAAAGUUUUGGUUGUGGUUGAUGGACUGCAGCACAAGGAGUUCGUCAGACCUUUGCUGCGGAUUGGAUGCCCACUGCUGGUUACCACGCAACUGAGCAAUCUGUUUGUUGGUACUGACGGUGCAAAGGCAGUGCGGCUUCAGCCACUGAAUGAUGAUCAGUCUCAUGAGCUGUUCAUCACGAUUUCCGAAGCACUGGAGAAGCGCCCCACUAUUGAGAGUUUCUUGGAGGAAUGUGGGGGCCAUCCACUUGCGCUUGUGAUUAUUGGUGCUGCACUCCGUCAGAGAAUUAAGGAUAGAGGUGACGAUGGAGAUGGGAGAGAUGUGGCUGAAAUGCUGUUGGACAGGAUUUCAGAUCCUGUGUCAAAGUUGGCACUGCGAAUUCCAAAUGUCGGGCUCCUGCACCCAGCUGAUCAGGAGAGGCACUUGUCGCUGAUGCGAUGCAAGGACAUUGAAUUGGACAACCUCAGUGAGCAUGAGAGGUCGUGCUACAUCGCACUCAAAGCCCUGACUGACUAUCAAUGCAUCACAGCAGAUGGGGUGUCACAGCUGUGGGACAUGCCUGAUCAGGAGGAGGCCUUGCAAAUGUUGCAUACGUUGGAAGGAAGGUGCUUGCUGGAGGGAGUCAAGGACUCAAAAGGGACCAUCAAGUCGUGGAAGCUGCACCGCCUCCAACAUGACCACUUGGCUGCCAUUGAAGCACAGCAGCCACACUACAGAACUGUCAUCAAUGCUGCAGCACAUCGACAAGGCAAACCUAGGAAGAAAGAAAAAAAGAAAGUUUGA